CAAGCUAUCCAUAUAUAACACUUGUCCAUUGACCAUUAUAAGUGCACCAACUACUCCAAACUCCAAUCUUUGAUCUUUUUGAUACUAUCUUCUAUCAAUCAGUCUCAUUACUUUUCACAUGGAUCUUCAACUACUUUCUUUCCCAAUCAUCAGCUUAGUUUUUAUGUUUAUGGUAGUGAAAAUAGUUUUGAAAAGAGCUCAUCAUCAAGCAAAGAACUCAGUUUCAAAGCUACCCCCAGGACCAUGGAAAUUACCAUUGGUGGGAAAUAUACACCAAAUCUUUGGCUCAUCACCCCAUAUUUCAUUCAGAGACUUAGCCAAGAAAUAUGGGCCAUUCAUGUACCUCAAAAUUGGACAAAUUCCAACUCUAAUAGUUUCAUCACCAGAGUAUGUUAAAGAGAUCAUGAGAACCCAUGAUGUUGUUUUUGCAUCUAGGCCUCAAACUCUUGCUGCUCAGAUCAUGGCAUAUAAUUGUACUGACAUUAUAUUUUCUUCAUAUGGUGAGCAUUGGAGACAACUCAGAAAGAUUUCUAUGCAAGAGCUUCUAAGCCCGGGAAGAGUUCAAACUUUUCGACCGGUUAGAGAAGAAGAGUUGUGUAAUCUUGUUGAAGGGAUCAUGACAUCUUCAAAAGAUGGGUCACCUAUCAAUGUUACUAAAAUGGUUACAAAAUGUUCUUAUGGCAUAACAUCUAGGGCUGCCUUUGGCAAGAAAAGCAGUGAUCACGACGAGUUCAUUUCGAUUGUUGAGGAAGCUAUCGAGGCAGCUGGAGGCUUUGAAUUUGCAGAAGUGUUUCCUGCUUUGAGAUUUCUUGAUUGGAAAAGUCGUCCUAUUUUUGAGAGCAUCAAACUAAGAUCUUCAAGAAUAAUGGAAAAUAUCAUCAAGGAGCAUAUAAAAGAGAAGGAAAUUUCAUUUGAGAAAAUUGGAAAGGAUGAAGAUUUGGUUGAUGUUCUUUUGAAGUUUCAUAAGAAUGGAGAUGAUCUUGGGCGGUUCACCCUAACAAAAGACAAUAUUAAAGCAGUAAUCUUUGAUAUCUUUGUAGCUGGAAGUGAAACAACAUCUUUAUCUGUAGAUUGGGCUAUGGUAGAAAUGAUGAGAUUUCCAAAAGUGAUGAAAAAGGCUCAAGAAGAGGUGAGAAAAAUUAUUGGUACAAAAGGGUCAGUGAAUGAAUCAUUAAUCAAUGAGAUGAAAUACUUAAAAUUAGUUGUUAAAGAAACUCUAAGGUUGCAUCCUCCAGCUCCUUUGUUACUUCCAAGGGAAAGUACAGAAAAAUGUGACAUUUAUGGUUAUGAGAUACCUAAGAAAACAAGAGUAAUAGUAAAUGCUUGGGCAAUUGGAAGAGAUCCAAAGUAUUGGAUUGAACCUGAGAAUUUUAUGCCAGAGAGGUUUAUGGAAAGCUCUAUUGAUUUUAAGGGCAACAAUUUUGAGUACAUUCCAUUUGGUGGUGGAAGGAGAAUAUGUCCAGGCAUGUUAUUUGGUGUUAUUAAUAUUGGGCUUUCACUAGCAUAUUUGUUAUACCAUUUUGAUUGGAAACUUCCUAAUGGAAUGAACCAUGAAAAUUUGGAUAUGACAGAAUUAUUUGGUCUUACAAUGAGGAGAAAAGAUGAUUUGUAUUUGAUUCCUACUAUUUAUGAGCAUUCUUCUAUAGCAAAAUCAUGAAAUUAAUGUAAUGAUUUGUUGUACUUGAUUCUUACAAAAAUGUUGAGCUUUGUUUCAAAGUUUAUUAAUAAAAAAUUCACAAAUAUUUUGAUUGGAAUAAAGAAAAUAAAA